UAUAUCUAUGUACCACAUACUUGAUAACAUACCUUAUGUAUAUGUGCAUACACAUGUGUUAUGUGACAAUAGUGUAUCAAAAUAUAACCUUCAGUAGUACAAUAUAUACAAUAUUAUCACUUUUUCAGAUAAAACUUGACAGCUUUGUAGAAAAGCACAAUGUUAAUUAUUUUUCAAAUUUACGAUCGCAUUGCCGUCAUUCUUGCUACUUUGAUAUUCUACUCAUUGAAUUUCAAAUUGAAUGAAAUUUUGGCAGUGGAGAAAGAAAAAUAUAAAUUUUUAGAAUCAUAGAAUUAAAGUCACAUUGAAAUUCAAAAUAAAUAGGAGCGUAGUGAUUAAGUGAGCUUAAAGACUUAUUGAUGAAGUGUCGAAGUUAUAGUUUUUAUGGAUUAAAUUCUAACCUAGAGUAACUAAAAUACUAUCAAAAUGGAUAUCAGUGAGAAGGAAUAUCAAAGUAUGUAUGAUCAAUGUUAUAGAGGAUCUGCAAAAAUUAAUAUUGCAUCUCAUUUUGGAGAAUAUAAAAAAAUAAUUGAUAGAUCUAGUUUUCACAAGCAUUACGAGAAAGAUAAUAAAGCAGAAAUUAUAAAAUUGUUAGGCAAUGAAAUAGAUGAAGAAAAAUUCGAUUUGCUAGCAUAUUAUUGUAAUAUUGAUAAACUAACUGUGGAUGGUGAAUUAGAAAAGAUGAAUAAAUCCACAUUUGAAUUUUGCAAAGAUCCUUAUGAUCCAUCAAUUGUAGAUAAUGUUCAAUUAGAAACUGUAAAAUAUUCUAAACAGAGAAAUCAAUUAAAAUCUCAUCAAGUACACUUGAAAUAUAGAAGUGAAAAACCAAUUAGAUACGAUCCAGUUCCACUUCAAAGAGCUAGUCCUGUUUUGGUUCCUGAAUCAGAUAUUUUAGUUUUUAUUCGAGUUUAUGUGCCUUUCACAAGUAGAUACAAGCAAAGUGUUGGGGCUCUAGGAAAGUUGUCACUUAAUUUUGUUAUAGUUAUGCAUGGAUCUCAAACAUUAGACAAGUUGAGAGAUCAAAUAAUCUGCCCAUCAGAUUAUGCCAUCUCAACAGAAGCAAGUGAAAUACCAAUUAGAAGUAAAACCAAAAAUGCAAAAGAUGUGUAUAAAUCAGGAUUUUUUUUUAUCGAAGAUACAUUUUACAAUGAUUUUCGUGAUCCUUUGAACAAAGAUAAUAGUAAAGUUAUUAUAGAAUGGGCUCAAACACGAAAUCUGGGUCCUUAUAAAACUGCAAAAAUGGAAGAAACUACAGUUGCUAGUAUUGCUAUGAGAUUUGGGUAUCCUUGGGUAUAUCAGCACCAAGGAGACUGUGAACAUUUAAUUACUUUUAGCGAUGUCAGGUUUGUAAAUGCAUCAGAUGAGUUGAAUUCUGAAUGCUAUCCUAAAAUAGUGAGAAUUAAACCAAGACCUAAUCGCUAUUGUAUGACUUGUGGUAUAUAUAGUGUGGCAUGGGUCACAACAAGUAACAAUAGAUUACCACACAAUCCAUGUUUGUUUUGUGAUUCUUGUUUCAAAUCUUACAACUAUGUCAAAGGAAAAAAAAUUGGCUCUUUUAAAGCUUAUCCAUACCCAUAUGACGUAGAUUUAUUACAACCACAACUAAAUGAUUAUGACAGAAUGUAUGAUACUCAAGAAAAUUCUGAAAAUACAGUAUUAACAGAAGCAUCAGCCGAUAGUUGUGCAUCUACUGAAGAUUUGAAGAAUGACUGUUAAUGAAUCGUUGACAAUUAUAACAAGACUUUUUAAUUUUUAAGUUGCAUUUGAUCUCUUUAAUUUUAUGUUAUUUAGUUUAUUUAAAUUUUCAUUGAUUAUAGUAGACUCAGGAUUGAGUUUUAAAGCUUUCCUGUAAGCUUCUUCAGCUUUAUCAAACCUAUUCCAUCGAUGAUAUAGUACACCUUUAACAGAUAUUUUUGUACUUGAUGUAAAUAAUGUUUAUUGAAGUAAAGUUUAUAAUGA